AUGGAUGUUGUCGUGGCUACUUCUGGUAUAGACAAGAUCGUGAUAUUUCUUUUAUAUAAUAAUGCGACUUCUACAAGAGUCAAAUUAUAUUCGACUGGUGCUCAAUCUCUUCCCUCUUCGAUCGUCGUCGGUGAUUUUAAUAAUGAUAAUUGUCUUGAUAUCGCCGUUGCUAAUUAUGGCACUCAUAAUAUUGAAAUCUUUUUUGGAUAUGGUAACGGUACUUUUUUUAAUUCAAAAGUAUUAUCGACUGGCUCUUCUCGCCCAUUGUUUAUCAACGUUGGAGAUUUCAAUAAUGAUAAUCAAUCAGAUAUAAUAAUUGCUAAUUAUGACACUGAUUCUGUCAGUAUAUUUCUCGGAUAUGAUAAUGGAUCAUUUCAAAAUCAAAAAUCAUAUUUCACUGGCUAUGAUUCUAGCCCACGUUCAUUAGCUGUUGGAGAUUUCAACAAAGACAAUCAUCUAGACAUUGCUAUUGCAAAUUAUGGUACCAAUAAUAUAGGUAUUUUAUUCGGAUACAGUAAUGGAAGUUUCUCAAGUCAACAAAUUUAUACAACUAAUCAGAACUCAAAUCCAAUUUCCAUUGCAAUAGGAGAUUUUAACAAUGACAAUAAUCUAGAUAUUGUUGUUGCCAAUUAUGGCAUUGGCAACGUCGGUGUAUUUCUUAAUUAUAAUAACGGCACUUUUACACCGCAAAUCACAUACUCAAUUGGUACCAAUUCUCGUUUACAACAUGUUACAGUUGGUGAUAUCAACAAUGAUAAUGCAUUGGACAUUAUAAUUGUUGAUUCAAAUAAUGAUCAAAUACAUGUUUUUCCUGGAUAUGGUAAUGGAACGUUUGCUACAAUAUCUACAUAUGAUGUUGUAUCUGGAUCUCGUCCAUUUGCAGCCGCUGUAGCUGACUUUAACAAUGACAAUCAGUCAGAUAUUGUUGUAAUCACUCACGAAACUAAUCAGUUGCUUUUACUUGUAGGGUGUUCUAUAAGACCAUCUGCAAGACAAAGGAACUAUCUUGUGAAACCUUCGGCACAUUCGAGCACAGUUGCCAUUGCUGAUUUUAAUAAUGACACUCAACUUGAUAUAGUCGUUAAUGGUUACGAAGGGAGCGGUGUGCGUAUAAUGUUCGACUAUAACAAUGGAACUUUUGCGAAAGAAAUGUCAUACUCCACUGGCAAUAAUUCAUAUCCACAACAUAUUUGUGUUAGCGAUUUGAACAACGACAAUCGAAUAGAUAUUGUCACUGCCAAUUUAGGCUCUGACAGUGUAGGUGUUCUUCUUGGAUAUGGUGAUGGAAACUUCACCACUGUGACAACAUAUUCUGCAGGUGUUGGUUCGGGUCCGAGAUUCAUCGUUGUUAGGGAUGUUGAUAAUGAUAGCCACGUAGAUAUUAUUUCCGCCAAUACAGGCAGUAGUAGCAUAGGUGUUUUUUUUGGAUAUGGCAAUGGAAGCUUUGCCUCUGUGACCACAUAUUCUACCGGUAUCGGUACCUUCCCACACUCUAUCGCUGUUGGUGACGUCAAUAAUGACAAUCAGCUGGAUAUUGUUGUCUCUAUUAUGAAUCCUGACGGUAUAGUUGUUUUUCUUGCUUAUAGCAAAAGAAUUUUCAGAAUAAUAAUGUUCUAUUCAACUGGUUACGAUUCGGCACCUGUUUCAAUUGCUCUAGCUGAUUUCAAUAGUGAUAAUCGAUUGGAUAUUGUCGUUGCUAACUCACGUGCCAAUAAUAUGUGGGUUCUAUUUGGUAUUGAUAAUGGAACAUUUGGUAGACAAAGGACUUAUUCAACUGGUUCUGAGUCUUUACCGUACUUUGUUGCUGUUGCUGAUUUUAAUCAUGAUAAUCAACUCGAUAUCGCUAUGACAUAUUUUCGCAAUGACAAAGUAGUUAUCUUUUUUGGACAUGGGAAUGGAGAUUUCGAACUUGUACGAACGUAUUUUGUUGGCACUGGUUCUCACCCAUACGGUUUCGCCAUUGCUGAUUUUAAUAAUGAUAAGCAAUUAGAAAUUGUUGUUACACUUUGGGGUAACGGAUAUGUGGCUAUACUAACUGAAUAUUAUGCUGCAGACUUUGCAAAACAAAUUAUGUAUUUGAUGGGUUAUGCUCCACAAUCAUAUUCUCUAGCUGCUGGUGAUUUCAAUAGAGACAAUCGAUCAGAUAUCGUCAUUGCUAAUUCUGGUAUUAAUACUAUAGAGAUACGUAUUGGUUUAGGUAAUAGUACAUUUGAUACACAAAUAAUGUACUCGAUUUCCACUGGUUUGUUUCCGCGGUAUGUCAAUACUGCUGACAUUGAUAAUGACAAUAAUCUUGAUAUUGUUACUGUUAAUUCAGGGAGUGAUAGUGUCAGUGUGAAUUUGGGAUACGGCAACGGGAGCUUUAAAGUUUCAACGCUGUAUUCUACAGGAGCUGGUUCACAUCCGUGUUCAGUCGUAUUUGGCGAUCUCAAUAAUGAUAAUCGAUUAGAUUUGAUCAUUGCUAAUGAAGGCACAGAUAAUAUAGCGGUACUUAUCGGAUAUAACUAUUCAACGUUUCACAAGCAAAAAGCAUAUAAAGCGAUUGGUAAUUUGGGACCGCGUGAAGCCGUCGUGGGUGAUUUCAAUAAUGAUAGUUAUCCAGAUGUUGCCGUUGUCUUUUACACAACUAAUAAUAUAGGUAUUUUUCUUGGAGAUGGCAAUGGAAGUUUCAAUGUUUUCUUAAAUUAUUCAACUACAAUAGGUUCAACUCCGUAUUCACUGGUUGUCGAUGAUAUCAACAAGGAUGGUCGAUUGGAUGUAAUCGUGGCUAAUUACGGCACUGAUAACGUUGGUAUCUUUCUCGGAUAUGGUAAUGGUAAUUUUGCUGGUAUGAUGACUUUCCCAACUGGAAUUGGUUCUAGGCCGUACUCAGUUGCCGUUGCUGAUUUCAACGAUGACGGUCGAUUGGAUAUAGUGGUGAUUAAUAUUGGCACUAACAAUAUAGGCUUUUUAUAUGGAUAUGGUAAUGGAAGCUUUUCUACGAUACUUAUUUAUCAAACUGGUGAUAAUUAUUUUCCAACGGCGGUCAGAAUCGGUGAUUUCAACAAUGACAAUCGAAUAGAUAUAGCUGUUGUUAAUACAAAUACUAAUAAUAUUGGUAUUCUUCUUGGAUAUGGUAAUGGAAACUUUACAAAACAAGUAACCUAUUCAACACGUCGUGGAACUCGCCCAUAUUGGGUAGCAUUUGGAGACUUCAACAACGAUUAUGAAAUCGAUAUGGUCACUGCUAAUCAUCAUGAUAAUAGUAUAAGUAUUUUUCUUGGACAAGGAAAUGGAUCUUUUGGUGAUGUCAAAACAUAUCCAACUGGUGAUGGUUCCAUGCCGAUGUAUGUUAAUGUUGGUGAUUUUAAUAAUGAUCACAAAUUGGAUAUUAUUGUCGUCAAUUAUGGAACUAACCAGAUUGUUGUACAUUUUGGAUUAGGAGAUGGAACCUUCUUAUGGGGAGAUUUAUAUUCAACAGACAUUGGUUCUCAACCGAAUACAUUAGCAAUUUGUGAUUUCAAUAAAGAUGGUCGAUUAGAUAUUGUUGUUUCUAAUCCUGGAUCGGACACUAUAGGCUUGUUUCUUGGAUAUGAUAGCAAGCCUUUUGCAAAUGUAAAAUUAGGUCCUACUGGUGAUGGAUCACAGCCACACUCGGUUGCCAUUGGUGAUUUUAACAAUGAUGAUAUAUUAGAUAUUGCCGUAGCUAAUUAUGGCAACAGUAAUGUAGGUAUUUUUCUUGGACUUGGCAAUGCAUUUUUUGAUAAUAUGUUGAUAUAUUCCACUGGAGUUGAUUCUGGUCCGUACUUCGUUGCGGUUGAGGAUUUAAAUAAUGACAAUCAUUCAGAUAUUGUUGUGGCCAAUUUUAAAACUGAUAAUAUUGCUAUUCUCCUUGGUUAUGGCAAUGCUACAUUCGCUCCUGCAGCAACGUAUUCAACAGGAGACCGUUCUCAUCCAUGUGCAGUCACCAUAGCGGAUUUCGAUAAUGAUAACAUAUUAGAUAUUGCCAUUGCAAAUUCUGGCACAAGCACUGUACUUUUAUUAUACGGAAAUGGGAAUGGAACAUUUGGAAACGAAGAAUCGUAUCAAUUGGGUUAUGACUAUCGUCCCUAUUCAAUUGCUGUUACAGACUUGAAUCAAGAUGGUUUUAUGGACAUUGUUAUAGCAUGUUAUGGCACAGACAAUGUAGAAAUUCUACUAAAGAUGUGUUAA